AUGACGGCGGCAGCAGUGGUCGCCGAUAUAUACGACACCCGUUUCGACGGGGUGACCUGGGACAACGACAACUGGAUCCUCAAGACGACAGCUCUCGACCAGGGCCACUACCAAUCGCGCAUGUCCCUCGCCAAUGGCUAUCUGGGAAUCAACCUGGCCGCAGUCGGGCCCUUUUUCGAGGUUGACACCCCAGUGAACGGGGACAAUAUCAACGGCUGGCCACUUUUUGGUCAGAGACAGACCUUUGCAACCAUCAGUGGCUUCUGGGACCUGCAGCCCACCACCAACGGCACCAACUUUGAGUGGCUGCACGAGUACGGCGGGGAGAGCGUCAUCAGCGGUGUUCCUCACUGGGCUGGCUUGACCGUCAACGUUGGAGGGCAAACACUCAAUGCUUCCGUAGAUGCCGCCCAGAUCUCCGACUUCACCUCGACUGUGGACUUCAAAGCCGGUGUCAUGUCGUGGAACUAUACCUGGACACCUGCCAACGGCACAUCUUUGGGGAUCGGGUAUACCCUCUUCGUUCACAAGCUCAAUGUCAACCAAGCCGCCAUCCAAUUGACCAUUGCGGCAGAAUCCGACGUAAAUGUCACAGUAGCCGAUGUCAUCGAUGGUGACUCUGCCGUGCGAACGGACUUUGAGGACAAAGGCUCAGGAAACAGCACAAUCUGGACGGCCGUCCGACCCAAUGGCAUCAGCAAUGUGACAGCGUACAUAUACUCAAGGCUCUCAGGAGACGGCAUUUCGACAACUCAACCCAUCACAGACAGCACGGACUUUGGCCGAAAUCAGUCAAGCAUUUCACAGUCCGCCGAAGUCAGUAUUCGUGGCGGGAGCAGCACGACGAUUACCAAGUAUAUCGGAGGAGCCUCUACAGAUGCCUUCGCAGAUCCGCAGUCUGUCGCCCGAGAAGCAUCGUCCUCCGCCGCGGCAGCAGGCUUCGACAGUCUUCUCGAGUCACACAAGGCCGAAUGGGCGAGCAUUCUAACAGCAGACUCUGUCGAUGACUACUCCAUCCCAGAAACCGGCAGGCUUCCAGAUGACCCAUACAUCGUCGAGCAGCAAAUCAUUUCCGUGACCAAUCCCUUCCAACUGCUGCAGAACACUGUUGGUCCCAAUGCCAUCUCCGCCGCUGGGAACAACUCCAUGUUGAAUGUGAACAGCAUCAGUGUCGGUGGGCUCGGCUCUGAUAGCUAUGCUGGACUCGUCUUCUGGGACGCCGAUAUCUGGAUGUCGUCAGGCCUGGUUGUCACCUUUCCUGAGGCGGCUAAAGCCAUAGAUAACUACAGAACGAGGCUGUUCCCACAGGCACAGAAGAACAUUGAGAUGGCUUUCAUCUCAUCGCAAAACGCCACGGGAAAGUUCUCAUCCGGGGGCGCAGUCUAUCCUUGGACGAGUGGCCGUUUUGGAAACUGUACAGCGACUGGGCCAUGCUUUGACUACGAGUACCAUAUCAACGGAGACAUUGGACUCGGCCUGUACAAUUACUACGCAGUCACUGGCGAUGAAGGCACAUUCAGGAAUGAAAUGUUCCCUAUAUAUGAUGCCAUCUCGACAUUCUACUCUGACCUGCUCUCCUUGAACGAGUCCUCAGGGAAGUGGAUGCUGACAAAUGCUACCGACCCGGACGAGUACGCAAACCAUGUAGACAACCCCGGUUUCACAAUGGCCUUGAUAGAAACGCACCUGAACAGGUCAAACGCCUUCCGCUCGAACUUUGACUUGGAAUUGGAUGACACAGCCGCCAACCAGAGCUCCAAGAUCGAAGUUCCUGUCUUGGAAGAGGCAAACCUGAUCCUGGAGUACGCUACUAUGAAUGGUUCAAUCUCCGUCAAGCAGGCCGAUGUCGUUCUUGUCGACGACUUCCUCUCAUACCCCAACCCGUAUUCUCUGUCUGACCUGGACUACUACGCCGGGAAGCAGUCCCCGAACGGGCCAGGGAUGACAUACGGCGUUUUCAGCAUCGUCGCAAACGCGUUCUCCCCUUCCGGAUGCUCAGCAUAUACCUACGACGUAUACGCCUCCCACCCCUACAUUCGGGCACCGUGGUUUCAGUACUCGGAGCAGUUACUAGACGACUACACCGAGAAUGGGGGCACUCAUCCUGCGUAUCCAUUCCUUACAGGGUCCGGAGGCGCACACAGGGUAGCCAUAUUUGGCUAUCUGGGAUUGCGUCUGCAGCUGGAAUCCCUCAACAUCGACCCAUCACUUCCACCGCAAAUUUCCCACCUGGAUUACAGGACCUUCUACUGGCAGGGCCACGCCAUAAAUGCGACGUCUAACGCGACACACACCAGCCUCAGCAGAAUCCCAGGCAACAGCCUGCCCAACGCCAACCAAGCAUAUGCCGAUUCAUCCAUCCCAAUUACGAUCGGUAGAAACACAACAGACACAGCCCACCAGCUCCCAGCCUCAGGUGACAUCGUGACCAUCCAGAACCGAGCCAUCGGCACCAUCAAGACCUGGGCUGGCAAUCUAGCCCAGUGCCUCCCAGCAACGAGCCCGGAGGACUUUGAGCCAGGCCAGUUCCCCUUUGCCGCCAACGACGGCGCGGUCUCGACCAAGUGGCAGCCAAUCGCCGCCAACGUGUCGAGCAGCGUGACGGUCGACCUCGGCGAAGACACCGCAGGCGAGCGGGUCGCAGGCUUCAGGUUCGACUGGGCGCAGGCGCCGCCCCGGGGAUACGCCGUGUCGUUCUCCAACUCGAGCGGCGGUGCCGGGGCGGCGGGCACCGGGGACAGCGCGGCAAACGUCACGGAGAGCGACAGCGUGGAGAUUAGUGACCUCUAUGACACCGAGAGCCUCUCUCUGAUCACCCCGUACUCGAGCAACACGACCAAUGUGACGCUGGACGGCGAGGUGUACAGUGGUCGGUAUGCGACGCUGACUAUCUGGGGGAACCAGGCCACCGGGGACGACGGCGUCGGGGCGACGGUUGCUGAGUUUGCUGUGAUUGUGGAGGGUGGCGAUACCGGGAACUCCACGGGUGGCGGAGGUGGUGGCAGCAAUGGGAAUGGAAAUGGCGGAGGCAGCAGUGAUGGUGGUGGAUCAGACGAAAACCAGGCGAGCAGGGUCGGUGCUUCUCGCGGGUCGUUUGUUGCUUUGGUGGUGGGCCUGACAUCUCUGUUCUUGCUGUUCUAA